AUGUCUGGCCGUAAAUUCAGACGAAUUUCCACCAAUAUUCAUCUGUCUGAUCCUGAGGAGGACGAGCUCAAUGCGGAUCGGAGAGGGAGCCCUGAGUUCCACCGGCUUCAGAAGAUUAAGCCCCUCUACAACCAAAUCCGGCAGAACUGCAUGGCCAACUUCCAGCCAGGCCAGAACAUCGUCAUCGAUGAACGGAUGGUCGCCUCCCAUGCCAGGAUAGGAAUCCGCCAAUAUAGCAAAGAUAAGCCAUCGAAAUGGGGCUACAAGCUGUUUGUCCUGGCCGACUCCCAAUCUGGGUACACCUGGGACUUCAUGGAUUAUGAGGGGGAAAACCAAGAAGGAUCUGGAAAAGACAGCAAAUUGAACAUCAGUAAUUCAACAAGUGAAGAUUACAACAACAUGGAUUACAGCUCUACGAAUUACAGUGAUACAGAUGGCAACUGUGGUGAAUUCUUUAUCUCCCUGGUAAAUGUAGUGGGAGGAGGUCUCCUGGUGAUCUUUGUCCUCAGUGUGCUGGCUAAUGGUCUGCUGAUGUACAUCAUUGUCCGCUUUGAAGACACUCGGAAAGUCUCCAACCUCUUCUUCCUCUGCCUCGCCUCGUUCAAUCUCCUUUUCACCCUCACUUUGCCAUUCAUGGCUGUCGACUUCCUGCACCACUUCAACUGGGUGUUUGGAGAGGCAGCCUGCAAGAUCGUCAACGGGGCUUUCUUCACUGGCCAGUCGGGAAGUCUGCUAUUGCUGACGGCCAUGACAUUGGACCAGUUCUGCACUGCGGUUCUGAAAGGACGGCUCCUGAUCCAACCUGGACGCAGGCUUCUAUGUGCUCGAGUGGUCUGUGUUGUCACCUGGAUCAUCAGCAUUGCAGCAAGCAGCAGAAUUUUAGUUCUUACUGAGACUGAAUUUGAUUAUGAAAAUUACAUGCAUUUCUGUUCAUAUAGCCCUUCUGAAGAACUUGAGGAAAGGCUUGGCCACUACAUGCAAUUUGUGUUUCUGUUCCUGAUUCCUCUUGUUGUAAUUGUGUUUUGCUACGGUUGUAUUCUGAGAAAGGUCUUGUCUGUUCCACACAUGAGAGGGAGGCGAAGAGCGUUGGUGCUCCUGUUUUGCCACAUUGUUGCUUUUGUUGUCUGCUUUGUGCCCUUCAACGUUCUGGAGACCUAUGGACGACGACUUGACCUUGAACUGGACUGUGAAACAACGUACAUUAUUGCAGCAUACUUUGUUAGCUACCUCCUUGCUCAUUCUUACUGUGUUGUCAAUCCGGGAGACUUGAUUGGUGGUCGUCCCCAUCAACCGGAUGGGCCACACCUGUGUCACUGA